GAUGGAGGGCCGGCCCCUCGGAGCCGCCUCGCAGCGGCGGCGCGGGCUGGCGGCGGCCGCCGGGAGGUGAGCGGCGGCGGCGGCUCGGGCGGCGGAGGCGGCGGGGCCGCCCCUGCCGUGCCCCAUGCGGGCGGCGGCGGGGCGGCGGCGGCGCUGAGGGCCAUGUCGGAGGCGGGGGGCGCGGGCCGGGCGCGGGCCGCCGUGGCGCGGCUCUCGGAGGCGGUGGGCGAGCGGCGGCGGCGGCUGGGCACCGCCAUGGGGGAGGCGCGGCGGCAGCGGCGGCUGCUGCUGGUGGUGGUGUGCGUGGCGCUGCUGCUGGACAACAUGCUCUACAUGGUCAUCGUGCCCAUCAUCCCCGACUACAUCGCGGCGAUGCGCGGCGGGGGGGACGCCGCCGGCCCGUUCGCGCCCGCGGGGGGCAACGAGAGCGGCGGCGGCGGCGGCAACCGGAGCCUCCUGCGGCCGCGGUACCCGCCGGCCGCGGGGGGCAACGAGGACGUGCAGAUCGGGGUGCUGUUCGCCUCCAAGGCCAUGCUGCAGCUGCUGGUGAACCCGCUCAGCGGCACCCUCAUCGACCGCGUGGGCUACGAGGCGCCGCUGCUGGCCGGGCUGGCCGUCAUGUUCCUCUCCACCGCCACCUUCGCCUUCGCGGAGAACUACGCGACGCUGUUCGCGGCGCGCAGCCUGCAGGGGCUGGGCUCGGCCUUCGCCGACACCGCCGGCAUCGCCCUCAUCGCCGACCGCUACGCCGAGGAGCCGGCGCGGAGCCGCGCCCUGGGCACGGCGCUGGCCUGCAUCUCCUUCGGCAGCCUGGCCGCCCCCCCCUUCGGCGGCGUCCUCUACGAGUUCGCCGGCAAGCGGGUGCCCUUCCUGGUGCUGGCCUGCGUCUGCCUGCUCGACGGGCUGCUGCUGCUGGCCCUGGCGCCGCCCUGCGCCGCCGGGGCGCGGGCCAACAUGCCCGUCGGCACCCCCAUCCACCGCCUCAUGGUCGACCCCUACAUCGCCGUGGUGGCGGGGGCCCUGGCCACCUGCAACAUCCCCCUGGCCUUCCUGGAGCCCACCAUCGCCAACUGGAUGAAGGAGUCCAUGGGGGCCAGCGAGUGGGAGGUGGGCCUCACCUGGCUGCCCGCCUUCUUCCCCCACGUGCUGGGCGUCUACGUCACCGUCCGGCUGGCCGCCGCGUACCCCCACCUCCAGUGGUUUUACGGGGCCCUGGGCAUGGCCGUCAUCGGCGCCAGCUCCUGCCUGGUGCCAGCCUGCAGGAAUUUUGGGCAGGUCAUCGUUCCCCUCUGCGGCAUCUGCUUCGGCAUCGCCCUGGUGGACACGGCCCUGCUGCCCACCCUGGCCUUCCUGGUGGACGUGCGCCACGUCUCUGUCUACGGCAGCGUCUACGCCAUCGCAGACAUCUCCUACUCUGUGGCGUACGCCCUGGGGCCCAUCGUGGCCGGCCAGAUCGUGCACACUAUGGGCUUCGCACAGCUCAACCUGGGCAUGGGGCUCGCCAACGUGCUUUACGCCCCUGUCCUCCUCUUCCUCAAAAACGUCUGCCAAAUGAAACCCUCUCACUCGGAGAGGAACAUCCUCCUUGAAGAAGGACCUAAGGGACUCUACGACACCAUCAAAAUGGAGGAGCGCAAAGGCGUGGGCAAAACCCUCCGGCCAGCGGGCGAGAUGGAGGAGAACGGCAUGGACUCUUACCGCAGAGACCUGACAGGGGUGUCCGAGGAGGACUCGUCAGACUACGAGUACAGUUAGGUUCCCCCACGCGGCCCAGCCCCGGGAGCAAGGAGGGGCAUGCGGGAGAGAGGGAAAGGCGGCGAUGAAAGCGUUACUGCAUUAUGUUUCUGUACCGAUGUGCAAUAUAUACAGUUUAACCUUUGUCAUGAUGUAAUGGCUUUCUUCUUCUAGACUUAUUUUUAAUUGGUAUUUCCUUCAGCAUUCUGGCUAGGUGGAGGGGGUGGGGAGCGGGGGGACAAGCCUGCAGAAAAUUAUCCGAAUAAUCAUCAGCAUAAAUCUGGGGGGGAUCCUUCCAUGAAAACCAACAACAAAACAAAAAACCCAACAGCCUCGUAGCUGGGGUAUAACUGUGCAAAGUUUUCUCAAGCUGAAACUGUGUGUGACAUACUGUAUAUCUCUGUAAAAAAUAUAAGAAAAGCAAAAAAGUCUGUGUAAAAUUUUGAAUGGCAUAUUCAGGGACUUAGUAAACCUUGUGUACAUAUACUUAGAUUUUCAGUUGGUUUCAUAUAUUUAAGAAGAGCAACAACUAUCACAACAUCUUAUUCUUCCUUGGGAAUAAACUGAAGUAUUGUACUUUUUCUGUUGUGCUGCUCUCUGGUAAGUGCAAUAUGCUGUAUUACGUUGAAGUCCAAACUACAAGAAUAAUACGAUCUGAAUAAAUGGAAUUGAAGGGGA